ACACAGAAGGAGCUCUGCAUGGACACACAGCUAAAAUACCUGUUUCCGACUGAACUCUCACAGCAAGGUGCAGAAGUAUAUAACUGUGGAGACGAUGUUGGUGCUCAACUGCUCCACCAAAUUACUCUUACUGGAGAACAUGCUGAAGAGUCACUUUCCUGAAUCACUCAAGGUGUAUGGAGCAGUGAUGAACAUAAAUCGUGGAAAUCCAUUUCAAAAGGAAGUGGUAUUGGAUUCAUGGCCAGACUUCAAAGCCAUCAUCACCCGGCGACAGAGAGAGGCUGUGACAGAUAACCUUGACCAUUACACUAAUGCGUAUGCUGUGUUCUACAAAGAUGUCAGAGCUUACCAACAGCUAUUGGAAGAACAUGAUGUUAUUAACUGGGACCAAAUUUUUCAAAUACAAGGGUUGCAAAGUGAAUUAUAUACCGCUUCCAAAGCCAUUGCCAGCGCAAAGCUGUUAGACUUGGAAAUAAAGUUGGCUUCCUUCAAGGCUGUCCACUUUUCUCCUGUUUCAUCUGAGCCAGACCACAGUUUCCUAACUGGGUCAACCCCGAGACUGACCUACCUGAGUGUCACAGAUGCUGAUCUUCUCAACCGAACUUGGUCACGAGGAGGCAACCAGCAGUGCCUUCGGUACUUGGCCAAACUCAUCGCCUGCUUUCCCAGCGUGUGCGUGCGUGAUGAGAAGGGAAACCCAGUGUCCUGGGGUAUCACAGAUCAGUUUGCCACUAUGUGUCAUGGUUACACCCUGCCUGACCAUCGCAGGAAAGGUUACAGCCGACUGGUGGCCCUCACUCUGGCCAGGAAGUUGCAAAGCCGGGGAUUUCCCUCCCAAGGAAACGUCCUUGAUGACAACAUGGCCUCUAUAAACCUGCUGAAGAGUGUCCAUGCUGAGUUCUUGCCUUGUCGUUUCCACAGGCUUAUUCUAACCCCUGCAGCUUUCUCUAGACAAGCUCACCAUUAAGUAGGUGAAUUCCAAGAGUGUUCUUACUUUCCCUUAGAAGAAACCCCUUUUAGCAACCAGUGAGAUGGGAAUUAAACCAAGAGGAGCCUGUGUCAUUGAAAAGGGCCAGAGAAAGGCAUGCAAGAUCACCUCCCCAACUCCCCAAAACUAUUUGCAUCUUAGAUUUCCACCAUCAAGAACUUUAGGGGUUGGGGUCCCUGUAGCUGUGUCUCACAAUAGAGGGGUGACUGCAGGGAAGAAAUCUUUAAAAUCAGCUAUUGUUGCUCUAGUGUUGUAAGACUGAAUGAAAAUGAGUGUUUUAAUCUGGGGCCUUUGACCUCCUGGCUCCAGGUCCCUGUCAAUACCUCCUGCCAGUAAAAAUGCCCCUCCCCCGCCCCCCAGCUGGAGGUCUUGUCUCUAGCCUCUCAGCAGGUGACAGCCAUUUUCCUCUUCACUGACUAGCUGCGAGGGCAGACUAUGACUUUAAGCCACAGUUCUUCCCUGGGAGCAUUCAGUUGCUCUCAGAAGAAAGGUUGCCUCACAGAUGUUGGCCCAGGCCCCAUUCCCCUGCCCCCCAUUGGCUGAGCACCUGAGCCUGAGAAUUUGCAUUUCCCAGUUUUUCCUUCUCAUUUGUCUUGGCUUCAUGAACAGCUGCCUUCGAAAGACCGGACAGGACCUAUGGACUGUGCCAGCCACCUAGAUUACAACCUGCUUUUUCAUAACAUCUGAAAUUCAUACAUAGGUGUGAACAAGAUUAUAAAAAAUGGCAUAUACAUUUUAUGUUACAUAUAUGUUUCCUAUAGGCAUAUGUUUAUAACCCUAGAAAGUUUACAUCACAUUCAAUUUCAAUCUUAUUACACUGAAGAAAUCUGAGAUCUAGAGACAAUAAAUACUUCAAGAUUACAUUCAAUGUGAUCAUUACUGGAAAGGCCGAACUUUGUAAUUUUUAUCUUAGUUCUUAAUAAAUUAAUGUUUUAUUUCA